AUGCCGGAGGACAAUAAACCCGCUGCCAUCGGGCUGUCUCGGGGGCGCUUACACCUUGUAUGCAUAGACUAUGACAACGAUUGGCAACUAUCUGUUUGGGUUCUCGAGGAUUAUGCCAGUGGUAAGUGGACCUUGAUGCACAUCGGGGACUUUCCGGGUCUGCUAGGAACGCCUCGUCGUGUACCCACCGAGAUCUACGAGUCGGUUGCAAUCCAUCCAGCAUGUAAUUUGGUUUUCUUUACUGGCGGGGAGGAGAGGUCAUGGUCACUCUUGUCGUAUGAUAUGGAUACCCAGAAAGUGCAGCAUAUCAGCAGUCUUGAAAGUCGCCCUUAUCUGCCGUGUCUGCCUUACAUCCCCUGCUUCGUGAAAUGGUCCUCGGAUGGUCACUAG